UCGGGUGCGUGUCAACACAGUUAACCUCCAGUCCUACUCAGAUUUCUGAUUUAAAAUAAUAAAAUGGGUAAAAUAAGGAAACCUAAGCGUACUAGAGCCAGACAAAAUGUUGUCGUCGAGAAUUCCGAUGAAGAAGAGGAAGUGAUGGUGGAUUCGAAAGAAAAUGUAGUUCAAACUAUCCUCGAUCAGUUGCAGGCUGCCAAUGUGGAAGAGAAAUAUUGUGGCAUUCAAACCUUUGCCAUGUUAAUAGAAAGUCCAGAAAACAUUGAACUGGUCCUAAGCAAAGGUCUAAUCAAAGUGGUUGCUCCUCUGUUGCUGGAUCAAGCUAGUUCAGUCAGGAAUGCCGCUGCUGGAGCUAUGCGGAACUUCUCUGUUGCAGGACAUGAGGCCUGCGAGGGACUGCUUGAACAGGAUGCCAUGACAACACUCAUAUGUUACUUCCAUGAGCACACAGAAUCCUUUACACCAGAGGCCAGUUCUGCUUCUAAAGAUGAGGACAUGGACACUAUUAUUCAGUGUAUUAAUCUGCUUUGGAACCUAUGUGAAAGUUCAGAUCUAGCUAUCAAAUACCUUGGACAGUCAAGAAUAUUAGACAUAUUACCCAGAUACCUUGAUUUGACAACUUUUGGUAAUGACAUUGUAACUGCAGUGUUGCAGUGUCUUAUAGUAGUUGUAGAAGACAAUCCCCAAGCUAUGGAGAAAAUAAAGUGUAACUCAGAAAAGCAGUUACAGGAGUUACUGUCAUUGGAGAGCAAUGAGCCUCCAAUACUUUUAAUGAAGACUCUGGCUGCCGGAGUCACAAUAAACACGUGCGGGGGAAAUAUAUCCAGUCUGCCUGGUAGUGUUAUUCACCAGAUAAUGGCGAUUCUAGCUAAUACUCUGUCUGUAGAUCAUAGAGCCACAUGUAACAAGCUUUCUAGUGAAGUGCCGCUGCCUGACGGAGCUGGAAAGAUUACAGCACCCAAAGGAAAAGCAGCUCAAGUGUUGGAGAACCACAUAAAAUCUGUCUCACAAAUGUUGGAUGCUCAGCAAAGUGCUGUGGAAAUUGUGGCCAAUAUUUGUUCUAGUGAAGAUGCAGAUGAUUCUGUAGACGGUGGAGAUUCAUCAGACAAUGAAGAAAUGCCUGACGAUGACCUGAACUGUAAUGGCGACGAAACUAUGUUGCCUGAAGACAAGUUACCGACUGAAAUUUUGGAGGCUCUGGUGUCUAUGGAAAUAUUUGAUAAGGUGUGGGCGAAGACGCAGUUACCUGCGGAAAACGUGCUGAUGAUAUUGAAGGAAUAUGAGGGCUCAGGAGUAGUGUGCAAAAAGCUUCAAAAUCUACAAACACGAUCUCUGCUGUGCGUGAACAACAUGUUAUCAAGUCUACCCAUAGAUAACCUAGGUGGCGUCAACGGCGUCUACAAGCUCUGGGUGGAAGCGGGCAAGAUGGUGUUCAAACAGAAUUCGGACGCUGUUCUCUUGGAGUCGGCCACUGCCGUCAUGAGAGCGUCGCUCGACAAAAUAAAGCUGAGGGAGAAUGGGAACACUGAUAAUGUUCUGUUCAGUGAUUUAGCUGUGUCUGAUUUGGAGAUGAUGCUAACAGGCAUCCGCGAAUGUACCGUCCCCGAAAUACGAUCCAACCUCAUCCGCAUGAUCGGUCUACUAGCUCUUCUGUUAGUGAACACCUUGAACGACGCCUCAGCAAACGUGAUAUGCACCAUCACAGACUUCAUAUUAGACCAGGCACAUAAGGAGAACGAGGUGUGGGUGCUGGCGGAGGCUGUGGAUACUAUCAUCGAUCUGUAUUCGGAAGAUGAAACUGAUGCGCUGGCUGCUAAACUGAAUCUUGUUGAGAAAUUGAACGCGUUAUCGCCAGUACUGAAGAAUAAGGCAAGGCAACAAAAGAAGCUACCAAAGGAAUAUAAAGUUCUCGUCAGCACUGUCACGUCUAAUUUACCGAGAUUUAUUAAGUAUAAGAAAGGAAGAGUAAGUAAGUUAUGAAAUGUUUAUAUAAAUAAGAAUAUGUGUACACAUAGUCCAAUAUAUUUUACAAAAUUAC